AUGGGUGGAAAGGAAAUUGAAGACAUGCUAAACAGCAACAUUCUGGAACUUAUUUAUAGCAAUGAGGAUCCGGCUACUUAUUUGCAAUACAAUGGAUCCAGAACAAUUCCUGAUUUACUCUUGGCUUCAAGCGACAUCAGUGAGCAUACACGCCGCAAAAUAAUUGACGAUCCUGGUUCUGGUCACAAACCAGUCAUUGCUAGUAUUACCAUCGGCAGCAAAAGCAUGUCAAGGAAAGUGCCAACUAAGCUAUCAUGGAACUUCAAGAAGGCUGACUGGUCUAGAUUCACAAACCUUUUAGAGGAUGAACUUUAUUCAAGUCCCCUCAACUUCAACCAUCAUCCUGACAAACUUUGCACUGAUAUCACGAAUAUUAUGAUCAGAUGUGCAAAGAAAACUAUUCCCCGAGGCAAGNGUCUAAACACCUUGAGGAACUGA